AUGGUUGCAAAGUGUUUCCAAAAAUCUGCUGUUUUAUCUCCUUUAUCUUCUUUUAAACUCAGUAGUACUCAUGGGUUUAUCAACCCAAACCCUCCACCAAGCAUCCCAAAAUAUCCAGAAUUAUUUCCCCACUAUGAGCUUGCAAAAUCACUUGCGUCAGAAACCUCCACUAUACCCAGCAGAAUUAAAAAUCUGCCUCAAAUAGAGGCUUCUAUCCUUUUUGAUGACCCUGAGCAACUAGAACUUACUACCCCACUCCGUGAGAGAACAAAAUUUUUUAAAUAUAAAAAUGUUUCAUGAAAAAAAAUUUGAUAUAUAAGUGAUAAUUCGUAUAAUGAACUGUUUCGUUUUAACAGAUUGCACUCUAAAACACAAAUUUUACAAAUUAAAUAAAUAUUUGUUUCAAUUUUAUGAAUUGGGAUUUUUAAAUUCCGAAAAUAAAUUAAAUCUCCCUCCAUGGGUGAACAAAAUUGUGUUUAAGCACGGAAGGGGGAGUUACUGCUUUAAUCUACGGAAUGCUUGUUUCUUCCUACUACUGACUCCCCUCCGUGAGUGAACAAGAUCAAUGGAAAAAUCCUUUUUUUGGUAAAAGCCCGCCCCUCUAAGCGAAAAAAAAAAUUGAUAUAGAAAUGACAAUAUUAUAAUGAUAUCUUUAGUUAAUUCUGUUUAAUUUUAAAUAGCUAGCAUUUUAAAACAUAAAUUUUAAAAUUAAUUAAUUUUUACUUCUCAAUUUUUUAAAUUUUGACAAUAUAAUUUUUAAAAAAAUAAAUAACACUCUCGCUAGGAACAAAAUGUUUUUACUCGGGAGGGGGAGUGAGCGUCUCCUAUUCCUUCAGUUAAUAUUCCUUCCAAUAUAGGUGUCCCUUUUUGAAAAAUCUGUCAGUAUCUAAAUCGCCCUCCUAUCUUAAACAUCACUUCCUUAUUCCUCAUUUGAGAACGCCUAUAGGUUUCUGGUUAUAAUAAGGAUUAAAUUUUAUUCUAAAGUUUUGAGUAUUUUUAAAAUAAUAUUUAGCAGGAAAUUAGUGUCUAUUUUUUCUAACAGUGAGCACAGCUGAUUGGAGUUUAAUUAUUAAAGCAGUACAUAUUUAAAAUUAAAAAAUAUCUAUUGUAGGUAAUUAUUUUAUUAAUAGAUAUUACCUAAAUGUGCUCAUUAGCAGGGACGAAGUUAGAAUUCCACAAUUUUUCUUAUAAAAGUCUUGCCCAGGAUUUUCAUCCUGAUAACCUAGACUGCUUAUUUACUUUUUCGGGAACCUCAGAUGAAAAAUAUUUUUACUUACUUCCCUGCUAGUGAACAAAAAUAAAUUUUUGCUCACGAAGAAAAGUUAAAUUUAUAUAUAAAUUUUAUAGUAAAUUUUUUUUUCGAAGUACCAAAGCUUUUAUUUAAUUUUUUUAAAAAUUUAAAAAAUUUUUUAAUAUCCAAGCUGUUUAAAACUAACAAUAGAUAAUUAGCUAGAGAUUUCAUUAUACAAUUAAUUUAUCACUCUUAUAUCAAAAUAUUUUUUUCACAAAAAUUUUUGUUCACUACGAAGUAGGUUUUUUACCCAAAAAUAAGAUUUUUCCAGUGGUUUUGUUCUCUCGGGAGGGAAGCUAAUUCCUUUAUAUGUAGAAUACCUAGGAGCCCCACUUUUAGAAGCAGCAUUUGAUCUUUUUUCAUCGAUUGAACAAAGAAAUAAAGAAGAAAUAAUAAAAGCAUUAAAGAUAUUCAAAAAAACUAUUCAGAAAAUGACAGGUGCUUUAAAUCUUAUGUAUGAAAAAUGCGAUCCAGGAAUUUUUUAUUUCGGAUUCAGAAAUAAGUUAAAAUCUUAUGAAAAAGGAGCUAUUUUUGAAGGAAUUUCAGAAGAUUGUGAAAUCUAUUCUGGGGCUUCAGCAGCACAAAGUCCAAUAGUAAGACUUAUUGAUAUCAUUUUUAAUUUAAAUCAAGAGCACAAAUUUAUAUCAAAAACAUAUCAAUAUUUAAAAAAAGAACACAGAAAUUUUAUUUUUUUUAUGAACGAAAAACGGCCAUCAUUUUUGAGAGAAAAUAUCGAAGAUUUAGGAGCAAAAAACGAAUGAAAUGAGGUAAUUGAUGAAAUUUGCAAAUUUAGAGAAACUCAUUUGAAGCUUGCAUAUAAUUAUAUUAUUGCUCCUAGUCAAGGACGAGACAAUAAAGGCACAGGGGGCUCUUCUCUUGAACAAUUUUUGAAUACUUUAAUUACGUCUACCAGAAGAUCUGCAUUAUAA